AUGGCUUUAUUCCAUCCUUUCGGUUGGGGCAGCAACCUUGGAGAUAUCUAUGGCUGGGAAGGAAACCGCGACUUUCAACGCUAUUCUCCUAGGGCUGAUAUUUAUGGUGGCAGGGGAGAUUUCGGUGCUUUAACCACUGGCUUUAGGCCUUCUGUUGAUGUACGUGAUACCGGAAAGGAAAUCGUUGUACACGCUGAACUUCCUGGUGUCCCCAAAGAAAACGUCAACGUCGAAAUUCGCGACAACAAUUUGAUGAUUAGUGGCGAAACUACUUCUGAAGACGAACAUCAAGAGUGGAAUGGAUUGGUUCGCGAACGCCGAUUUGGCCGAUUCAUGCGACAAAUUCCAUUACCAGCCGGUAUUGAUGCUGGAAAAGUGCAAGCUAAGUUCGAUAAAGGAGUUCUUGAAAUCACUUCUUCGGCGUCAAACACAAAUACUACUUACACAGUUGGUGACUUAUUUUGCGGCGCUGGUGGCUUUAGUUGCGGCGCCAAAACAGAAAACUUUCAAAUUAAAUGGGCAGUAGAUAUAGAUGCAGAUGCGUGUAUUACAUUUCAAGCCAACCAUUCUUCGGCAUUGGUUUUCAAUGAGAAUGUCAAGACCUUUUUAAAUCGCUUAAGUGAUCAAUGGUUCCGCGUCGAUGUCUUGUUAGCAUCUCCGCCAUGCCAAGGGUUUUCGAGUGCGAAUACCCGCGGAACUCAACAAUCUCGUGCAGAGCAGAAUAAUAUCUUGCUUUACUCUAUAGAAGCUAUUAAAAAAAUAAACCCUAAAAUCAUUGUUAUGGAAAAUGUUGUCGGCUUUCACACCAAAAAGGAAUCCGAAGAAAUAACGACGACUUUUUACAAAAAUUUAGUUGAUCUCGGAUAUGAUUUCGAAACAAAUUAUCUGGUUGCUUCAAAUUAUGGAGUACCACAGAAACGAAAAAGAUUUUUUUUGUUAGGCGUGAAAAAGAACCAAAUAAAACCAAGUUGGCCAAAGCCAACUCAUUUUAUUUGGAAUAAAUGUUCCAUUAAAACAAGAUUAAAGCUUUUAGAAGAAGGCUUGAAAAGAACGCCGACAAUACGCGAGGCGUUUGCAGGCCUUCCUGAAGACCUUCGGUCGACUAGGAGUAGAUUCUCAAAUAUAUUCAAUAUAUUUGAUUAUCAGAAAACGCAGCCUACGUACAUGACCCAACUAAAAUGGGAUGACAUUAGCAUGACCGUCCUUGCAUCUUUAAACCCUGGAUGGAAAUGUAUCCAUCCGUCAAGAUGGCGAUACAUUUCUGUCCGGGAACAAUGCCGAUUGCAAGGAUUCCCCGACGAUUAUGAAAUCCUCGGAGAAAGCAUUAAAUCGAUGUAUAAGCAAGUGGGCAACGCUGUUCCGCCGCUAUUGGCAUCAGCUCUAUUAAAAGAAGUAAAACAUAUUUUAAAUUCAUCAACUGCUACUGAAAUCAUAGUUAUUGAUGACUAA